CUGCCUCCCGGAGAAAAGGGAGCCGCGCAGCGCCUACGGGAGUCGGGCGGCAGCAGCCGGUACCGGCAACCACGGGCACCUUUCAGGGAAUCUCGGUCGUGAGGCCAGAGGCCCCAGUCACCGCGGGUCUUUGCUACUGACUCUACCUGCAAUAUUCCCUCAAUAAGUGCAGCUCACCCAGCUGGUCCAUCUUUGGAAGCCUCCCUGCUGCAUCGGGCUCCAGGUCCUGGUUAUAUACCCCUCCCUUAUGCCCCUGGUCUUAACUCUUCUCCUACCAUGGUUAUAGUGUGCUCCUUUGCCCCUCUCUCCCAGGAACUUGUAAACUCCGUGAGGUAAAAGAGUCACACUUGGGCCCCUGCAUACCAUAGCGUCUGACGGUACCUAGCAUAUGUUAGAUGUUCAAUACAUGUUAGAUGAGUCAGUAAAAGAAGGAAUGCUUACCAGUGUUCAGUGUUGCUGAGCAUACAAUUAAAAUAAGCACUGAAAAAUAUUGGCAUUAGCCACAAGGAAGUCAUUGGUUAAUGCUACGGGAUCAGUUUCAGCUGAGAUUGAUGACAUCAAACAAGUGGGAGGUGAAAGUAGGAACAGCCAGUGUUCAUGAGACCUUGAAAAGUGUAACUGUGAAGUGGCAAACGGAGCAGUUAGGUGGAAUGGAUGAGGUUUUGUGUUUCUGUGUUUUGUUAAUGCUAGGAAAUACCCAAGCACAUCUAAAGUUUCAUGGGAAGGAGGCUGCUAAGAGUUAGAAGCUGAAGACACAGAAAAGAGAGGGGAGCACUGAUGACCUGCGGUCCAAGAGGAAGCAGAAGGAGAUGGGAUUUGAUCCAGAGCACAAUGAAAGACAAGGAGAUUGUAACGUUAUCUGGAAGAGAAGCCGAGGGCAUUAUAGGCAGAAGGAACAGCUGAGGCAGAGGGCGGAAGAGUCCAGAUGCCCAUCCAGCCUCCAAGCAAAGAUACAGAAGAGAUGGAAGCAGAGGGUGAUUCUGCCGCUGAGAUGAAUGGGGAGGAGGAAGAGAGCGAGGAGGAGCGGAGCGGCAGCCAGACAGAGUCAGAAGAGGAGAGCUCUGAGAUGGAUGAUGAGGACUAUGAGCGACGCCGCAGCGAGUGUGUCAGUGAGAUGCUGGACCUAGAGAAGCAGUUCUCGGAGCUAAAGGAGAAGUUGUUCAGGGAACGACUGAGUCAGCUGCGGUUGCGGCUGGAGGAAGUGGGGGCUGAGAGAGCCCCUGAAUACACGGAGCCCCUUGGGGGGCUGCAGCGGAGCCUCAAGAUUCGCAUUCAGGUGGCAGGGAUCUACAAGGGCUUCUGUCUGGAUGUGAUCAGGAAUAAAUAUGAAUGUGAGCUGCAGGGAGCCAAACAGCACCUGGAGAGUGAGAAGCUGCUGCUCUAUGACACGCUGCAGGGGGAGCUGCAGGAGCGGAUCCAGAGGCUGGAGGAGGACCGCCAGAACCUGGACCUCAGCUCUGAAUGGUGGGACGACAAACUGCACGCCAGAGGCAGCUCCAGGUCUUGGGACUCCCUGCCACCCAGCAAGAGGAAGAAGGCACCUCUGGUUUCUGGCCCAUACAUCGUGUACAUGCUUCAAGAGAUCGACAUCCUGGAGGACUGGACGGCCAUCAAAAAGGCUAGGGCAGCUGUGUCCCCUCGGAAGAGAAAAUCGGAUGGACCUUGACCCUGCUGUUCACAGCCACGGGGACCCUCAGAGCAGCUGGCACCGCACCCAGGAUUCUCAUCCUCCUGCCGACAGGCGGACCCACAGGCCCCUCAGGAUCUGCCCAGCCAGGCUCCUGUGGUGCUGCUGGGCCCUCCCACUCCAGCUGGCACUGGCCUGGACUCCUCCUCUGCCCUCCUUGAGGCCUGCACAGCUGUGGCCAUGUUGCUGACCUGGCCAGGCAAGGCUGCUGUCUCCAUCCCUGAGCUGCCUGCCACCUCCCACUCCUGAAGAUCCACCUCCUGGGGCUCCCCUGACAGAGAAGACAGCCGAAGUCGAAGCCACAUCCUCUUGCUGACCUUGGAUGCAGGCUUUCCGGCCUCAGGGCCAGGGAGCCAGUUUCCACUGUGCGGGAACUCUGAGUCAGACGUGGGAUGGGGGUCUGUCCACCCUGGCUGGAGCUGGAGGCAAGAUGCCAGGCCCCCUAGGUUUUCUCAGGGCAGUUCUUGGUGUCUGCCUCUCAGAUUCCAAGGACUGGAAUUAAAACCUUUCCUGGGACUCUGGCA